AUGUCUGCUCUUGAGCAGUUUAUAAAUGAUCAGAAGAAGAAAGGGAGCGGGCUGAGCGGCUCGGCGUCGUUCUCGUCGCUAGACUCACUCCGCAGCAAGCUUCCCACCACUAUCGGGUAAAAUUAUAAUUUAUUCGGUAAAGCAUCAAUAGUUCCUGCUUGUUUUAGUGGUUUCUCUUUGCUCUCUCGAAGUGAAACGACAGAUAGUCAACAGCUUCUGACCGGGGAAGAUUCUGGAGAUGCGCAGCUGCCUUCGUCAAGAAAUCGGUGAGAUUCUUUCCAAAAACUGUAAUUUGGUGGUUACUUAUCGGUUUUUAUCAAUAGAAUAUUUGCGAGACUGUGUGAAGUUACAGAAAGAACUCCGGUUGGUUUUCAUCGUCCACUCAGGAUGAGAGCAUGUUCGGAAUGACGCGAACACAACGGAUCAUCGCCUUUUUCAUGUGCCUCAUCGGAGCCGUUUUCUGUUUCUCCACGGUGAGUCCCCGCAAGAAUUCGAAACAUUCUCAAGUCAUUUGUCGAAUAGAUUCGACACGUUUUAUCCUCAAAAAUGUGGAUCCCAUUAACCGAGUUUCUCUGCUUCUCCGCUCAUUUCAUCCUUCUCUCUCCACCCUCACUUUAUGAGAAAAGCGGCUGUCCGCUCGAGAUGUCGACGGCGUUUUUUCCGUGUUUUGUUUUCCGAAACCAUGACCGGUUGACAUAAAUACGGAAUAAGGAAGACCGGAAGAAAAUAUGAUUUUUUUGUGUUUCAGGCAGCCGUGCUCAUUCCAGUGAUUUUGGUGUCCACGAGGAAGUUCGCUGCCCUCAACACUCUCGGAUCGGUUCUCAUGCUCAUGAGGUGAGAGGAGAAUGAACUAAAUUCGAAGAAUAUCAACUGGAAAUACAGUCAAUCAACCAAAUCUCUUCCAGCUUUGGAUUCCUGCUCGGCCCGAAGUCCUACCUGACGCACAUGGUUCUCCGCAACGGCGUCUCGUCACCGUCUCCUAUCUUUCGGCUCUUUUGGCCACCCUCUACUCGUCCCUUUGGGUAA